AAAGAUGAAAAUAAUAUAGUAAUAACUUCUCGUAGUAGGAAGAAAAGACAAAUUGAUCGGACAGAUAUAGGAAAUAGGUCAAAAUCCAUAACUGAUAAGCAUUCAAAAUCAUCACAAAACAGACAGAAAGGAAAGAGGGAUUACAGUGAAAUGUCUUCGGAUGAGGAAACAAUCAAAUUAAAUCACAAAAUUUCAAAAAGAAAGAAAAUUGAAUUGUGUUCUUCGUCUUCGUCGUCGUCAUCUUCAUAUUCUUCAUCGUCGUCAUCAACUUCGCCCAUAAGUCAUAAAGUUAGAGAAAAGUUACCUGUUAAAAAAAAACAUCACAAGAAAUUGCCUAAUGAAAAAGAAAAUCAUAAGAAAAAUGAAAAACAUUUAUCGUUGACCAGAGAAUCAAGAUCUUUAAGUUAUUCACCAAUUCCGUAUAGUCGAAGCAAGCAGAAUAAUUCUAUUAGAGAAGAAAAAACAUCAAGAAAGAAGCCAUCAGAGCAAAGAAAACAAGAACAUCAAAGUUUAAAAAGUAAACAUAAAGCAACAUUAAAAGAAAGAAUUCCAAAAAAGUCAGCUAAAAACUCUUCAGUUAAAGGAAAAAACAUAGGAAAUUCUCCAAAUGACUCAGAAUCACAAAAUGUUAAAUUAACUAAAAUUUCUAAGAAAAAAGAGUAUACCAGUUCUUCAAAAUAUAAUGGAUAUUGUUCAACUUCAUCAUCAUCAUCUACAUUGUCCUCUGAAAGUAAUCUUUCACAGUCUUCAGUAGUUAGACAUCAUUCUUCCUCUUCAGAAUCAGAUUCUUCCCAUCAAAAGAUAAAAAAAUCAAGAACAGAACCUGUUGAAGAGGUAAACCAAUCUGACAUAGAUACUCAUAAUAAACAUGCUUUGGAAUCAAAAAUAGCAAAUGACUCUAAUCCUGAUUUGCCAAAUAGUCAAGAUUUGACAAUGUUACAUAGUAACAAUGAUGAUAAUUUGAUUCAGUCUAAGACAUCAAAGACUGACAUUGAUAAGAAAAGAGGCCAAAUUUCAAUAAGAAUUAAUCAAUUAUUAAAAUCUGGCAAAAGAAGCAGUCCUUUGAUCCAAAGUGACAUUCCAUUGUCCACAAAUUUGAACAAAAAUGAUGUGUUAGAAACAGAAACCAUCAGUUGUUCUCCUUCAUCUAAAACUAAUUCUCCAAAUACUGGUCAAAGACAAAUUUUGAGUAGAUUGAGUAAAUCGGCUUCUCCAGUUAAACGGAAGAGCCGAAGCAGAUCACAUAGUUCGUCGUCCAGAAGUUACUAUCGUCGAAGUAAUAGUAGAAGUCAUAGCAGAACCAAAAGCAGAAGCUGUUCCAGACAUAGUUCCAGAUCUCGCAGUCGAUCGUACUCUUCACGUUCGAGAUCCCAUUCUAGAUCCCAUUCUAGGAGUCCAUCCAUUCCCAGGCGUAGAGGAUCGCCCAGUUUCCUAGAUAAACGGCGCAUCACCAGUGCACGCAAACGACCCGUUCCGUACAGACGACCUUCGCCAGUGACACCGAGCAGUCUGAGUUCUUGGUCCUACCGUUCUUGGUCGACUUCAAGAUCACCAUCAUCCAGUCGAUCACACUCGUUACGUCGCAGUUACACUCGUUCGCAGUCGUGGAGCUCUCCCGAGAGGGACUGAAAACACAAGAAUCCUUCUGAUCAUAAAUAGUCACACGUUGUUUUUAAAAAGUGAGUGUUUACUACGGUCGUUAAUUACGAUUUCCUCCUUUCCGAAAGCCAUUAUUUUUGGAAUCGUAAAAUAAAGUUGUUAUUGAGAAAUUCUAAAUGCUAAUAAUCUAAUGUAUUGUAAUCAUUGUACGGUCGUUUUCACUCUCUUGGCAAGAUUUUUUUUAAAUUCCUUACUUCUAUUUAAAAGGAUGGAUGAACUUCUGGCACUUUUAAAUUAUUACUUGUGUAGACACGAAAUAGAGAAGUGAACGAACAUUUAUAAAAAUUAUAGUUUUUAUUAAAAAUUCUGUAAUUCACCUACAAGAGCUCAAGAGCAGGUAAAGCAAUAACCAUUUUUUUAUUUAGUUUAACGUAAAUCAUUAUUCGCGUAUAGUUUAUCUGACUUUUAUGGUAAUAGCAAAUGUAGGAAUUUGCCCAACCAGAAAAUUUCAAAAAGUAUAAACCUCUAUAAAAUUUGACUGCCAUCACCAUAGCUGAUUUAAAUUAUCACUUUCGUUGGUACAGAAUUUUAUAAUACCAUGACAUUCUUUUAGAUUCAUGGAUGAAACUGUAAUGGUAAACGGUCUGUAAAUGUUUUAUUUUAAAAACGGUAAUUGAAAACGGUUAAAAAAAAAAACUUUUUUUGUUUUAUUUAACAAAUUAUUUAAUUGUAGUUAACACUGGCUUUAUCUGAGAAAAUUGCUGUUGUCUGUACCAUUUAUUAUCAAUAUUAAAAGAACGAAUGUAUCUCC